AUAGGUGGACCGCAAUGUCAAAAUUGCUGUUCGGCCAUUGCUCGUGAAAAAACAAAUUUGUUUACAAAACAUAUCAUAUCUUUUGGUGACAAAUGCAUUCGUUGGCAAAAUAGCUGCUCGCGCUUCACUGUAGGCAGAUAUCUACAAUCAGCGGUCGAAUUAAAAACAGUGCAGAAGGAUGUUUUGAGUAUAUUUUACCUUCUAGCCGCGCAAUCAAGGAAAGGCUUCUUUUCAAGCAAGCAGCGUUUUUCGGCAAAAGCAUGAAAUAGAAUCGUACGUGGUACGAAUUUAUCGGCACAAUCUGAUCAAGGACGGAGGCAUCAUCAAACGGAAACUACGCGAAAAACUUUUCGAAGAGAUAAAACUGCGCCGCAACACUCGUGUGAAAAUGGACGAGUUGGGCUGGGUGCUGAUGAACCACAAUUUGAUAACACGUAAUGAGCCAAUCCAACAGCAUGCCAAUGGUAAUCGACCAAAUCAUUUUAAAUUGAACAUGGAGCGGUUGUGCAACCUACUGGAGCAGCAAGAACAGAACAAUCACGCUGAGUUGACUUCCAAAAAGCAAAACAAAUUCCUGCGUAUGCUGGAUGCAAUUUUACAAAACGACAUAGUUUUGAAGGAAAUUAAAGAGAUGGUAGCGGCGAAUCGACUUCUAUCGGAAAUUCGUUAUGUGACUACGGUGGAACGUAUGCUGAAACACAAUUUGGACCCCUCUUUGCGCUGCUGCUUUGUAUGCCGAGAGUAUUUCCGCACUGCCGAUGAGUAUACCAGUCAUUUCGAAAAAUUGCACGGUGAGAAAUUUCUUAUUGUUGCAGCGGUGGAUCGAUUUCAGACUUGUCAAAAGUUCAACGUUCUACAUCACUACAAUGCCCUUAAUCCGGUGACAAUAUUCACGAUUUGCAACGUAUACCACACAGCCCUAAUAAAAAAAAACAAGAAAAGACGGGUCUAAUAUUUUACAAUAAAGUCUACAAUCUACCACUUUCCACGAAAAUCGGAGAACCACUAUAUCGGUUAGACAUGGAAUGGCUGAUACAUAUAAGGCAGAAAAAAUGUUUAACUUUGGAAUUCAACAUCCUAUAUUUCCUCGUACCAUUAAGUUCAUGGUGCAUUUGAUGUCGGUCAUCGUAACUGCUUCUAUGGAAAUGACGUGAGCAUAUGAUUUGAUUUUUGAUUUUUAUCUCCAUCUCGGAGAAAAGUGUGGUAAACAAUGUCCGGGUUAUUUUUCGUUAUGAGAACCUUGUUUCCACAUCCUUUUACUGCACAAUAAUACGGCAUCUGAAGUAAAUAAAAUAUUCACAAUAUAAUUUUGGCAUGAUAGAGAACCGCGAGAUGAACGAUUAUCUGUGGAGGAGUUGGACAACAGAUUUCUUAGACUUAUAGCACUUUUAUCACACUCACAAGCUAAUCAAAUCCUCACUGUCCCCCAAAAAUAUUGAAUAUAUAAUUUUUUUACCAAAAUAUAUAUUUUAUGAAGGCACGUAGCUUGACGGGGCCGUGAGUCCAAUAUUUUAACAAUUUUUGUCUUACAACUAUGUUAGUAAUAUGUAACCGAUUACUCGCGGUUGGCUCGAGGUUAGUAUUACAAAGAUCUCAUAAUUGGGAUGUUGCAGUCUCCAGUACUAUGUA